AUGGAGUCCCCCGGCCGCUCCAGCAGGCCGAGGCCUCUCCUCGCCUCCCUCUGCCUCGUCGUCCUCCUCCUCCUGGCCGUCCUUCCCCUGCAGCCGGCGUCCGCCGUGCCCACGUCAAGGAGCAUGCGCCUGAGGAGCCAGCAGCGCCCGCCGUCUCUGAAGCUUUCCUCUCGGCAGGAGAUGACGACGGCGGCGGCCGGGAAGCCGCGGGGCCGGGCGGCGGCGAGGAUGGUCGUGGAGGUGAACGACUACCCCGGGUCCGGCGCCAACAACCGCCAUGACCCUCCCAAGGGCCCCGGAAGAGGGUGA